CUGAGAUGGCGGCGCCCGGGGUCCUGUGGUGCGGCUGCAGAGGGUGCCGCCGCCCUAGGCGAAGUAGGGCCGUCCUGUGCGAAAGAACCGCCCCCAGCAGCAGCACCACCACUGCUUAGCAAAGAAUCCCAGACCCCGCCCGGGACGGCAGCCGCACCAUGGAGUCUCCCAGUUCAUCUAACUCUUAUUUCUCCGUUGGCCCAACCAGUCCCAGCGCUGUCGUGCUCCUCUACUCGAAGGAGCUCAAAAAGUGGGAUGAGUUUGAAGAUAUUUUAGAAGAGAGGAGGCAUGUCAGUGACUUGAAAUUUGCAAUGAAAUGCUACACACCUCUUGUCUAUAAGGGAAUUACUCCAUGUAAACCAACUGAUAUUAAAUGUAGUGUUCUCAGUUCUGAAGAGAUUCAUUAUGUCAUUAAACAGACUGACCAGGAAAAAAAGCAGCCUGGAAUCUGCCAGCUCACCUUCUCUGUUCCUAUAACCAGGUGUCUGGCUGCUCCUGGGAGAGUGGCUUUCCAAGGAAUCCCUUCAAUCUGUGGAUGUCCUCCGAGAGGAAGUUAGUGAGAUUUUAGAUGAAAUGAGUCACAAACUGCGUCUUGGAGCCAUUCGGUUUUUUGCCUUCACCCUGAGCAAAAUAUUUAAACAAAUUUUCUCGAAGGUGUGUGUAAAUGAAGAAGGUAUUCAGAAACUACAAAGAGCCAUCCAGGAGCAUCCUGUUGUUCUGCUACCUAGUCAUCGAAGUUACAUUGACUUCCUGAUGUUGUCUUUUAUUCUAUACAACUAUGAUUUGCCUGUGCCAGUUAUAGCAGCAGGAAUGGACUUCCUGGGAAUGAAAAUGGUUGGUGAGCUGCUACGAAUGUCGGGUGCCUUUUUCAUGCGGCGUACCUUUGGUGGCAAUAAACUCUACUGGGCUGUGUUCUCUGAAUACGUAAAAACUAUGUUACGGAAUGGUUAUGCUCCUGUUGAAUUUUUCCUCGAAGGGACAAGAAGCCGCUCUGCCAAGACAUUGACUCCUAAAUUUGGUCUUCUGAAUAUUGUGAUGGAGCCAUUUUUUAAAAGAGAAGUUUUUGAUACCUACCUUGUCCCAAUUAGUAUCAGUUAUGAUAAGAUCUUGGAAGAAACUCUUUAUGUGUAUGAACUUCUAGGGGUUCCUAAACCAAAAGAAUCGACAACUGGGUUGUUGAAAGCCAGAAGGAUUCUCUCUGAAAAUUUUGGAAGCAUCCAUGUGUACUUCGGAGAUCCUGUGUCACUUCGAUCUUUGGCGGCUGGGAGGAUGAGUCGGAGCUCAUAUAACUUGGUUCCAAGAUACAUUCCUCAGAAACAGUCUGAGGACAUGCAUGCCUUUGUCACUGAAGUUGCCUACAAAAUGGAGCUUCUGCAAGUUGAAAACAUGGUUUUGAGCCCCUGGACCCUAAUAGUUGCUGUUCUGCUUCAGAACCGGCCAUCCAUGGACUUUGAUGCUCUGGUGGAAAAGACUUUAUGGCUAAAAGGCUUAACCCAGGCAUUUGGAGGGUUUCUCAUUUGGCCCGAUAAUGAACCUGCUGAAGAAGUUGUCCAGGCCAGCAUUCUUCUGCAUUCCAACAUCGCCAGCCUUGUCAGAGACCAGGUGAUUCUGAAAGUGGACUCCGGAGACUCAGAAGUGGUCGAUGGACUUAUUUUCCAGCACAUCACUCUCCUCAUGUGCUCAGCUUAUAGGAACCAGCUGCUCAACAUUUUUGUCCGUCCAUCCUUAGUAGCAAUGGCAUUGCAGAUGACACCAGGGUUCAGGAAAGAGGAUGUCUACAGUUGCUUUCGCUUCCUACGUGAUGUUUUUGCAGAUGAGUUCAUCUUCCUUCCAGGAAACACACUAAAGGACUUUGAAGAAGGCUGUUACCUGCUUUGUAAAAGUGAAGCCAUACAAGUGACUACGAAAGACAUCCUAGUUACAGAGAAAGGAAAUACUGUGUUAGAAUUUUUAAUAGAACUCUUUAAACCUUUUGUGGAAAGCUAUCAGAUAAUUUGCAAGUACCUUUUGAGUGAAGAAGAGGACCACUUCAGUGAGGAACAGUACUUGGCCGCAGUCAGAAAAUUCACAAGUCAGCUUCUUGAUCAAGGUACCUCUCAGUGUUAUGAUGUAUUAUCUUCCGAUGUGCAGAAAAAUGCCUUAGCAGCUUGUGUGAGGCUCGGAGUAGUGGAGAAGAAGAAGAUAAAUAAUAACUGUAUAUUUAAUGUGAAUGAACCUGCCACAACCAAAUUAGAAGAAAUGCUUGGUUGUAAGACACCAAUAGGAAAACCAGCCGCUGCAAAACUUUAAUAAUCGGCAAGUAGUUAUGGAAAAUUCGGUCACAUAAUUACUGUCAUCGAAGGACUCAUUACAACAAACAGGGAAGUAAAGGAAGAGAAGCAUCCUCUCGUACUCCCUGAGACUCCGAGAACAGUGGACGCAGAGGGAAGAGAUGAUCAUUGGAAGCAGUCAGUCUGCUCUUCCCCACCACAGUGGUUAAAAGGCAUUUGUAUCCAACACUAUGCGUGUGUUUUAAAAUAAACUUUUGGAAACAUGUUUGGAAAA